CUUGGCUACUCUUGGCUAUUUCACUUUAUCUGGACGCCAGAAUGUCUCACAACUUUCCCUUCGGCUUAUCCGACCCUACAUGUGUCAAUCUCAACACGGCCUCCAAAAGGGAUGUGACCUGUUACAUCCUCUAUUCCGGCAAUGAAUACAAUGGCAACCUUGGGGCGCGUAUCUCUUCCGUCUUCGUCAUCCUCUUUGUGUCAUCAGCGGUGACCUAUUUCCCUGUUCUAGCGACUAGAGUUCAGCGACUAAGAAUUCCACUCUAUGUCUAUCUCUUUGCUCGAUACUUUGGAACCGGAGUUAUUAUCGCAACGGGCUUUGUCCAUCUUCUCGACCCGUCCUACUACGAGAUUGGCCAGAAUACAUGCGUUGGCAUGACUGGCGGAUGGUACCAAUAUUCUUGGCCACCAGCAAUUGCCCUAGCAACCGUGAUGUUGACCUUUCUGAUGGAGUUCCUUGCCGAGCGUUACGUGGAGAAAAAGUACGGCAUUAGUCAGCACGACAAUGUGAACCCAACCGACAGCCACCUACGAUCAGGAUCGGUGGACGCUGCAAUGCUACGCUAUGACCUCUCACGGCGUCGUUCGGUCCCUGCUUCCAUCCACCCUGAAGCACGAGAUGACAGAAUUGAAUUAGACCCGUCGUCUCCACAAGGAGGUUUGCCGGAGUCUAAGAACACGCAGGCUGUGGCUCACGACGAUGAACGAGACCUAGAAGAAGAGAAAGACCAAGCUGCAGCCCUGGCUUUUAGGCAACAGAUUGCGGCCUUUCUGAUCCUCGAAUUCGGUAUAAUUUUUCACAGUGUGAUUAUUGGUUUGACGCUUGGAACAGCCGGCCCAGAGUUCUCGGUUUUGUAUCCUGUCAUCGUUUUCCACCAAUCCUUCGAAGGCCUGGGUAUCGGAGCUCGUCUGUCUGCAAUUCCAUUCCCGAAGCGAUACAGCUGGAUGCCCUGGUGGCUAUGUGCCGGCUACGGCCUUACCACCCCAAUUGCCAUAGCGAUCGGCCUUGGCCUUCGGACGACCUACAAUUCCAACAGUUAUACGGCAAAUGUUGUUUCUGGACUCCUUGACGCUAUUUCUGCCGGUAUUUUGAUAUAUACCGGGUUGGUGGAGCUCAUGGCUAGAGACUUCUUGUUUAGCCCUGACCGCACCAACAACGACAGGAAGUUGGCUUUCAUGAUUAUCUCGAUGCUGCUAGGCGCAGGAAUAAUGUCUUUACUUGGGAAGUGGGCAUAGGUCGCGCUCUAUUGUGACCCGGCAGGUGCUGCUACGGUUUGUCUGCCCGGUCUCAUUUGUUGCAGCAGCUAAGAGUAAUCUCGUCAUGAGAUGACUCUCCAUGAAUGUCAGGAGUAGACAGAAUAGAGAACUAGUAGACAGAAUAGAGAAGUGACAAAGCUGAGAAAGAGAGCGAUACCACCGAACCCGCGCUAAGAACACCGCCAAAAAAACUCGGAAGACUCGCGCCCUUGACGCAAGCUUCCCGCGUAAGGAAUUCUUCUUCUUUAUCCUUUGAGUUCUGAUACCUAGAGUAUCUAGAUAGAAUAAUCUGUUUUAAUUGUA